CCCUUACUCUCUCCCAUUACUUUCUCACAGAUUCAGCGGUUAUCCCAAGGUGGCGAGCCGCGGACUGCUAGCACGCCUCUCGGGGUUAGGUCUCCUGCGCGUUAACUCCUCUAAGCCGUCGAAUCCCUUCCCUCGCCGGUUCGUUCGCGAAACCCGUCCCCGAGCGAUCAUGCAAGCAGCGGCAGCCGCAGGAUCCGCGCUCAAGGGCGUCGCUGGUCUCACACAGCCGCCUACGACCGUCGGCUCGCCCGGUGGCAGCAAAUCGACGGCUGGAAGUGCAGCGUCUGCCAUCGUCGCAUCUGGAGGACCCGUUUCUAGUGCUGUCGCGAGCCUAGGGAUCGGAUCUAGCCCUGCGAUCGGAUCUGCUGCUAGCUCGAUCCGCUGCUUCUCGUCCGGCGCCAACACGCAGCAAAUGACUGAGGAGGCUGCAGCGAGCGAGGCCGCUGCUGCGGCCGCCGAUGGCGCGGUAGCGGGUUUGGCUAUGGCGAGCAAGGAUGCGGCUGUAGCGGAGGGCGAGGAGGAGAAGCCGCAGGAGAUCUUCCUCGCGGAUUACAAGCCGCCGUCGUACCUCUUCGACAAGGUGUCGCUGGAUUUCGAUCUGCACGACGACUACACCGUCGUCAAGUCGACCAUCGCCGUUCUCGCCAAUGACAAGGGGGCCAAGCCAGAGGACGGGUCUGCACCCCUUGUGUUGGACGGCCACGAUCUGGAGCUCGUGUCUCUGCAGAUCAACGGAUGUGAUGUGCUUGCGGAGGAGUACGUGAAGACGUCCAAGAAGCUCACGCUGCUGUCCCCGCCCGCAGCGCCCUUCACGCUCUCCAUCGUCACUCGCAUCAACCCCGCUGCCAACACCUCCCUCGAGGGUCUGUACCGCUCGAGCGGCAACUUCUGCACGCAGUGCGAGGCGGAGGGCUUCCGCCGCAUCACGUACUACCAGGACCGGCCGGACGUGAUGUCCAGGUUCACCGUACGCAUGGAGGCGGACAAGGCCGCGUGCCCCGUGCUGCUGUCAAAUGGCAACCAGAUCGAGACCGGGGAUGUGGGCGGAUCGGAGUCUGGGAGGCACUAUGCGGUGUGGGAGGACCCGUGGCCGAAGCCGAGCUAUCUGUUUGCGCUGGUGGCGGGGAAGCUGGUGUGCUGCGAGGACAAGUUCACCACGUGCAGCGGGCGCGAGGUGGCGCUGCGGAUCUGGGUGAAUGCGGGCGACGAGGGGCGCACCGCGCAUGCCAUGAAGUCGCUCAAGGAGUCGUUCCGAUGGGACGAGGAGGUGUUUGGCCGGGAGUAUGACCUGGACCUUUUCAAUGUUGUCGCGGUGCCUGAUUUCAACAUGGGAGCGAUGGAGAACAAGAGUCUCAACAUCUUCAACUCUCGCCUCGUGCUGGCCUCGCCAGAGACUGCCACGGAUGGGGACUAUGCUGCCAUUGAGGGGGUCAUUGCCCACGAGUACUUCCACAACUGGACGGGCAACAGGGUCACCUGCCGCGACUGGUUCCAGCUGACUCUCAAGGAGGGGCUCACUGUGUUCCGCGACCAGGAGUUCUCGUCCGACAUGAACUGCCGCGCCGUGGAGCGCAUCGCCAAUGUUGCUGUGCUGCGCGCCCGCCAGUUCUCAGAGGAUGCAGGGCCCAUGGCACACCCUGUUCGCCCGAGCUCGUACAUUAAGAUGGAUAACUUCUAUACAGUCACCGUUUAUGAGAAGGGAGCGGAGGUGGUGAAGAUGUAUCAGACGCUGCUCGGCAAGGACGGCUUCAGGAAGGGCAUGGAUCUGUACUUUGAGCGCCAUGACGGGCAGGCGGUGACGUGCGACGACUUCUUUGCCGCCAUGGCGGAUGCCAACAACGACAAGCUCGACGGCUUCAAGCCCUGGUUGAGCCAGGCCGGCACGCCGGUGGUGACAGUCACCUCGUCGUACAACGAGAAGGACCACACCUUCACCCUGCACUGCAAGCAGGAGAUCCCCGCCACCCCCGGGCAGAGCAGCAAGCAGCCGGUGCUCAUCCCCCUGGCCGUGGGGCUGGUGGGGCCGGACGGCAAGGACAUGCCUCUGCUGCACGUCUUCGAUGGGGACACGCUCACGGACCUGGACGGGCCCACCACCACUGUGCUGCGAUUCAACAAGGCCCAGCAGGAAUUCACCUUCACGGACGUGCCCCACCGCCCCGUGCCCUCGCUGCUGCGAGGGUUCAGCGCUCCCGUGCGCCUCAAUGCUGACCUGGCGCACGCCGAUUGGCUCUUCCUCCUUGCCAACGACUCUGAUGAGUUCAACAGGUGGGAGGCGUGCCAGGUGUUGGCGCGAGGCAUGCUGCUGAGGCUGGUGGAGGACUAUCGGAGUAACAAGCCGCUCCAUAUGGAGGAUGACUUCACUGACGCCCUCGCCAAGAUUCUUGAUGACAAGUCCCUGGACAAGAUGUUCAUCGCUCGUGUCAUCUCCCUGCCGGGCGAGAGUGAGAUUGCGGACCUCAUGACGCCGUUUGCUGACCCAGAUGCCAUCCACGCCGUCCGCAAGUUCUGCGUCAAGCAGAUCGCCGCCCGCCUGCGACCAACGCUGGAGGCUCUGGUGGAGAGCAACACAGCGCCGCAGGGAGAGGCGUACAGCCCUGACCAUGCCAGCAUGUCACGCCGCUCCCUCAAGAACGCUGCUCUCUUGUAUCUCGCAUCUUUGGACGACGAGUCCAGCCGUGCGCUUGCCCUGUCGGAGUUCAAGGCGGCCAGCAACAUGACGGACCAGUUUGCUGCUCUGGCUGCGCUGUGCCUCAACCCUGGAGCUGCCAGGGAGGAAGCGCUGCAGGCGUUCUACGAGCAGUGGAAGCACGACGGGCUGGUGAUGAACAAGUGGCUGUCGCUGCAGGCGGCCUCAUCCAUCCCCGGCAACGUGGAGGCGGUGAAGAGUCUCAUGGAGCACCCAGCCUUCAUCAUCACCGAGCCCAACAAGGUCUACUCGCUCAUAGGCGGGUUCACAUCGUGCGCUGUCAACCUGCACGCCCCGGAUGGCAGCGGGUAUCGUUUCCUGGCUGACACGGUGCUUCGGCUCGACAAGAUCAACGCGCAGGUGGCCGCGCGCAUGGUAUCCGCCUUCACACGCUGGCGCCGCUACGACGAGCAGCGCCAGGCGCUGGCUAAGGUGGAGCUGGAGCGCAUUCUGGCAGCGGAGGGCCUGUCAGAGAACGUGUAUGAGAUUGUCUCCAAGAGCCUCUCCGCCCCGCCUGCUGCUUAGGCGCUAGGCAGUGCUGUGAUUGUUCAACACUUCAGCUGUUUAGCUGCCACGGGAGCAUGUGGUGUUGCGCCAGUGAGUAUGAUCAUUAUUCGCACAGACGUGCACAUGCUGGUGUUGGCAUGGAGACUGCGACAAAUACUAAAGCAGCUGAUUAUGGACAAGCAAGGUUACAUAC